CUGGUCAUUUAGUCACGUCGUGUAUGCGUAUACACAGGCGCUUGUAUACAAGUUUGAGCAAUCAAUACAAAGCUUUCAAAAAAUGCCGAUGUUUAUUACCAUUGAAAAUUAAACUCAUUCAAUUUAUGAUCAAAUUUACCUUCAACUGAUUACCAAAAAUGGUGCAUUUUGAAUCUACCCAGCGCGUGGCAAAACUUCGUCCGGUUGAGAAAGGAGCGACUCAAGUUACAUUUGAGAGGUCAGGAACUCUGGCUAGUUCCAGAAAGACAGUGGGGAAGGCGGUCCGGAGCCAGGCGGGGAAGAUAAGGGGUGCUUCAGCUGUGAGUGGGGAGGAUUCUUUUCAGCCGACAGGUCCUCUGGAGUCUAUGGACCAGAGGAGGAUCCGUAAUAAAGCAGCGACUACUCAAGUAUUAGACUGGUUUCUUGGGGAAUGGGCUACCUGGCAAAGACAGGGCUUCUUGUGCGGAGUCGCAAAAAGAUGCAAUAAAACACAGACAAACUACCUCCUGUCAGCGCUGGAACCCUUAUUUCAUAGGGAUUAUUUGUUGCAAGCCGGAGGGAUCUAUCCUUGGAGGCUGAUCGGGAAAGGGAAGAAACCUCUGAAAUUACAAAAAAUAAAUGGAAAUAGAUACAAAAAAACGCGUUUGUUGGAGCUAGCCAAGAAAAGGAUGCAGUCCAAUUCGAAUCCGUUGCAAAAUGUGGAGCCUGGAAUAGCAGUCAACUUAAUACUACCACAGUCUCCGGCGCAGAAGAAAAUGGAAUUAAACGGUCUUCGUUCUACGGAUAGUCCUGACAAACAUCCGAUACCGAAAAAAUCUGCUGGUGAACGUGUUCGAAAAAUUUCUGUAGUCGAGCCAGCUGGAAUUGAAAUAUCAAAAGUUCAAUCUCCACGUAAUUCCUCAAUAUCUAGAACACCAGUUGAUGAACAAAUUUUGACCCCUGAUGAAGAGAAGCAACUGGGACUGAUUGCACAGAAAUCGGAAGGGAGGAAGAAAUGGCUGAAGCUGAAAACUGUUCAGAUGAUAGAUCCAUCUACGCUACUAGGCGAUAAAGACAGAGGACUGUCAAUUAGAGAAAUGCUAGUUGAUGGACUAGGUGUUUGGAACGGAACACAGCUUCGCAGGAGUCUGCCUGGAGCUAUUUUGGGGGUAAAUAAGAAAGGAAUGAGCCGCGGAAACAACAAGUGGUGGGUUACAUUGCCGUCGCAGCACAAACACUUCAACUCAAAGUCAGCUAUGAUGGCAACAACCUCCAACAGUAGGAGAGUUCAGUUCGAAAGAGAGUACACUAAAAGUAGCAUGUCGUUUCGCACGGAGAACAUGUACACUCCUGGGGGAGGGAUGGAGAGAGGACUGCCCAAGGACAAGGAGGAGAUGCAGAAGAUGAAGCAGGAGUACAAGAGACAGCUGCGAAUCAUAUACCAAUGGAUGCAGAAUUUGACCGAGGUUGAGAUGGGCGAGACACUUGGAUCUCUAGUUAUGAGUGCACCUGAGGGGGACCUCAGACUUCUCACUUCGUGUUUAGUGCAGCGACACAACGAGAGAUAUGACGUCAACCAGCUCACAGAUUCACUACUCCUCCAAGUAUUCCAAUAUCUCCAUCCGAGGGACUUGUCGAAUACUGCACAAGUGUGCACACGGUGGAACUACUUGGCUAAUUUAGACCCGCUUUGGCAGUACCAUUGUCUCAAUUUAGGUAAAACGUGUGGAGUGGAGUCUCUUGAAGAUCUCGUGGAUGCAUUCCGAUUGGACGAGCCGGGAACCAAUCAGUCUGCGUUGUUAGACGAAGAGGAGCCUGUGAAAAUCAGUUUGAGCUCGAUCGAUUGGAAACAGGCUUACAGUGAGCUAUCAGAGGCUAUUAAAGAAGCAGCCGCUCAGUUGGGAACUGAUGACGACAAACCAGCGCAUAUACUUGACCUGGAUCUGACCGAUGAUGAUGUCAUGGCGGACACAGAUAAGGAGGAACCAACACUUCUGGAUUCGCUUCGGAGGAUGAGGCCAGUUAUUCACAAGAUGAGUACGGGAGGUGAGGAUAAGUGGUACGAAAGGGACAACAGAUUCAGAUAUGCACACCUGCUCAACGAUCCAAUCUUAGACACCGUAGGCGACAUAGGCGAGGAGGAGGGGGAGGGGGAUCUAGAAGGACUUCGGAAAGAGCCGACUUCAUUGUCUGAUUUCUAUGACAUACGUUCUCUAAUGGAUCGAAGAAAACGGUGGAAAAUUAACCUGCCUACGAAAGAGGAAGAAGACAGAGUAAACAGUCCAGCCGGAACCCAGUCAAUAUUUGACUCCUUGGCCCUCGAAAUGGGCAAAAUGCCUCUGGAUGCUGACGAAAAAGACGCCUCGGAGAGGUCAAAAGGAUUCCAGUUGUACGAGGAGUCGCAUGUUGACAGGAUGUCUUCUUCGCAGUACAGUGAACCGGAAAUGGGAUUCUUGACUGCAGCUCAAAUCAAAGAGGAGAGUUUGUUCAGUUUCGAACAGCGGGAGUACAAUCAGUAUCAUGAAAAGAAGACUCGUCUUCCGUGUCUGGACGAAGUGGCUCGUGAGAGGCUGGAGCAGCUGAAGAAGAAGAGGAACAAGUUGGUGUAUGUAGCCGACAAGCUCACAGAGAAGAAACAGAAGGAGAAGGAGGAGAGGGCGAAGAGGAAGCGCUUCAUUCUGACGAAGAAGAAGCAAGAAGAGGAGAAGGAAGACAAGUCGGAAGGGACGGUGCUGAAGGAAGAGGAACUGUUGUUGAUGAAACAUGUAGCGGCUGAGUUGGCGCAAGACGUGGAGGAGGCUAAGUCGAUGAGUAGACAUGCUGGUAAUAUGUCAGAGCUCCUUCACAGGGCCCAGAGCUACUUGGGAAGUCUGUCCCCCUCAGUGAUAGACGAAGAGGACGAGGAGGGGGAGGGCAAGGAGGAAGAGGAGAGGGGAGAGAAAGUUGAAAAGGCUGUCGUCGGUCAGAAGGAAAUUGACGCUGAAAAGAAACGGAAUAUUCUAGAAGACUACGUUGAGGACGCUGUCGUGCGUACUCUGAAUCUGGACCGAAUUAGUGACUCCCAGUUCUCGGAGAGGGUCAAGUCUCGAGUUGCACUGGUGCGCAUGGCCAGACACGAGGGCGAGGAGAGGGGGGCGGAUGAUGGGAUGAGAGACGGACAGAUUGGACUGGACGUGAGGCCACCUGUGCACCAGCCCCCGGAGAUCAUGAGUGAGCGAAUUGUGCGACACUACGAUGUGCAGUGGAAGUAUCCGAAGAAGGUGAAUCCAUUCAAGGGAGCCAGAUACACCAACAGGAUACUCCAUCUACACGCUCUCAAGAUACUACACGGUCAUAUGGAAGCGGUGUUGUGCAUGAAGAUAUCAGCCGGCAGAAUCAUGACCGGCUCUAUGGACCAUUCAGUGCGUGUAUGGUGCAAUGGAUCAGGCAGGUCUCUCCACAAACUAUACGGACACAGGGGAUCAGUCUGCUCCAUAGAUUUCAACAGGGACUGGAUAGUGAGUGGCAGUUGGGACAUGACAGUGAUGGUGUGGGACAGCAGGAGCUACUCCUACUUCGCCACCCUCUUCGGACACCUCGGCAAAGUCACAGCCAUACAGCUCACCCCAUUUCUACUCUUCACGGGUUCCCACGAUGGAACCAUCCGAGUGUGGGACAUCUCAAAGAACUUCGCUUGUGUGCGAGUGUACGAAGCAGGGGCAGCAGUCACCUCUGUCACUAUCCCUUUUGUGCCAGUCUCAACUGAAGGUCACAAGGACAGUCAUGGACUGGCGGUGGAUGUGCCAGAAGACGAGAACGAGAAGCUGCCGUUGGAGUGUGUAUUUACUACAUGUCAAGGGUCGAUCAAGAUUAUGGAUCUGAAGAGAAACAGGACUGCCGCCUUAGAAGGACAUUCUGCUGAAGUCACUUGUCUUAGAAUAAGUGGAAACUUGCUGAUCUCUGGCUCACAAGAUGGUCAAGUGAGAUUUUGGAACAAACACACUCUCCAGUGCGAGUCAGGAAUACAAGCUCAUAAUGAGCCAGUGCUCGCCCUAGAGUUCCACAGACGCAAGUUCUACACUGCUUCUGCUGACUCAACAAUUCGAGAGUGGGAUCUCUAUACUAUGACCUGCAUGAGGGUGUUACAUGGACACAAAGCGGCAGUUAGGGCUCUCAAGGUAUCCGACCGGAGAAUCAUUUCAUGCUCUGACGAUGGCGAGAUCAGAUUUUGGCAACUGCAGGACCCCCUGGAACCAGAAAUGAUGCUGUGAAAAAAAAACACAGAUUACAACUGCUAUUUUAAAAUUGAGUGUUAAUUUUAAUCUUAACCUAUAUUCAAGAUAAUUUAGACUAAUUUCA